AUGGCGGAUCUCGCGCCGCUGGCCUCGUCUUUAGCCAGCAGAGAGAUUCAAAGAUCUGGCAAAUCUUGGAGUCAGAUCCUUGCGGACGGACGAAAACAACAACACAGUGGUCUGCCACGUCGUCGAAGUCGUUAUCGUUUGAGCCGCAUGGACAGCAGUAGCACGUCCGCAAGCAUACCUAUACCAGAGUCCUCCUCCGCCGAGUGCUAUGAUCCUCUGCAGAGAUACCAAAAUUCUCCACCCGAGGAUGACUACGUCUCCAUGGCGGCCGUACAGCAAGCGCUGCAAAGCAGUGAGUUCCAGGAGGUAGACCCAAAUCAUGUCAGUCAGCCCGCGGAAGCAUACUAUCCUGGUAGAGGACGUCGAAGUCGACCCGGAUCUAUCGCUAGUGUAGAGAGCGCAGCAAGUGGAUCUCCUUCGGUCCGAUCUUCGAAUUCAGCAGCUUCCAGUAUUUCUGCCAGAUCACGGUCAGCACGCAGGCGACCGCAAAGGACUCGCAAGCCCAAGACACAAUCAGACAAAGCGCAUAUCUUUAAGUGCACUUUCUGUUGUGACACCUUCUACAAAAGGUAUGACUGGUCGAGGCAUGAACGGUCAUUACAUCUGAACCUAGAGGUUUGGCUAUGUUGUCCGCAAGGAGGCUCGGUGUUCUCAGAGGCCACCGGCAGGAACCACUGUGCUUAUUGUCAAGUUUUGGAUCCUACGUUAGAACAUCUUGACAGCCACGACCACAGCAACUGUGUGAGGAGUUCACGUCGACAGUUCAACCGCAAAGAUCAUCUAGUCCAACACCUGCGACUCUUCCAUCGGCUACAAACUAUGCCCCUGAUCGACGACUGGAAGACUCAAGGCCCAAACAUCACUUCUCGAUGUGGAUUUUGUGAUCGGCGAAUGACAAACUGGGAUGAAAGAAUCGAGCAUCUAUCAGGUCACUUCCGCGCCGGACGCACCAUGAAAGACUGGCGAGGCGACCACGAAUUCGAGCCCGAGAUCGCGUCCAGAGUCACAAACGCAAUUCCACCCUAUCUAAUCGGCGACGAGACGGAAACACUCGUGCCGUUCUCUUCCACCAGUCAUGUGGCGAGAGAUCAUGUUGCGCAAAUCUCUUCGCGACUAACGGCGAUGCCUUCUGAGCCUUCUGAGCCGACGUCACCUCUGCCACUUACCCCUGAGUUGGAAGUUCCAUCGACGCAGAAUAAUAAUCUGACGUUGAAUGAGAUGGUUAUAUUCCAUCUUGGUCGAUAUGGAAGGCAGCAGUUGAGCUUGGGGAUCACGCCUACGGACGAGAUGUUCCAGAACGAGGCUCGAAGACUGCUGUACGACUCGGACGAUGCAUGGAAUCAGUGUCUUGUAGACAAUCCCGAAUGGAUGGCAGCAUUCCGACUACUGCAUGGGUGGACGAAUACAGGGGUGUGA